UCACCCAGUAAAGGCUGCACUGUACGAGACUAAGCCUUACCGCCACCCUUCAUGUUAUUCAUCUCUUCAAACACCUCAGAUCCUACUGAAAAUAUCACCACCAACUAACAGCCAUAAAACCAGUCCUUUAGAUCAUAAACUGACUCAGAUCGGACAAUAUUGCUGUAGGAGGGUGUACUCCUGCCUCAUCUAAAGGGUAUUGAGUCGGAACAAUGGCGUAACCCUAUUUCAGUGGGUACGUUCACGGGUAUGUAUUGGAUAUGUUCCACUUGACGUCCUUGGUAUACGGGUCAACUUGCUCCACCCAUCAUAGCCUGGCAGUCACGAAUGUUGAAUGGAAGGCAGAGACGACAGGGCUUCAGUAGACAACUGACCCGAAGUUGGGGCCCUGAUGAAGGCAUGGGUUCGCAGGUGUUGAACAGUCGAGACCUCCAGCCUCCUGACUAUUAUGUGCCGCCUAAUAGUCUCAUAGAAGAGAAUAUACAGAAGGUUGUCAAGUAUGCGGGCAUGAUUGAUGGAGUUGCUGCUGACACAGACAUCACAAACAGGACUGAUGUUCUCCGAGUCAUUGACAAGGGGAAGAAGCAAGGACUGAUCCCAUCCAAGGUUGGGUACGAACAGGACGCCAUCUUCAGCCUGAGUGUCAACAACGUCAAGAUUAGCAGAUACAACCAGACAGAGGAUCUGUUGCUGCGGAUACCCAUGCAUGAGAUUGCUGCAGUAUGUUAUGUAAAGGAUGAUGAUCAGCAUAUUCUGGCUCUCAAACAUGGAACCCUGGAAGACUGCAGUUUGUCUGUCCUGUACUGUCAAUCAAAGCAAGCAGCAGAGGAACUAUGCGCUCUGAUUGGUCAGUGUUUCCAGCUGGUGUACACGGAGGCAACAAUGCAUCUCUUCGCUCCUCACAUUCCUGAAAUCUCAACCAGCACAUCUCACAGUGGAUCUUCCGAUGUUUCAGAUUCGACAACUGUGAUUCCCAUGAUUCCAGGGCGUCCAUCAUUCUUGACAUCAUCAAACUUUGAUCUCCCGAUUAUCACAAACUCCACCCCGAAUCCCAGAUCAGAUCCCAGUGAGAAGAGCAUGAAGGGGAGCGAGAUCAGUGUUCCUUCUGACCUCGUCAAAGAUUACAUGUUUAAACUGCAUCAGAAAAUGAAUCCAGAAGAACUGCGCCAUUUUGCUGAACUUCUGCGAAGGUUGUACAGUGACAUGCCGAUAGAUGAAUUUUGUGCGCAGGUGCUCUUUCUGUAUGGUCAAGAAAGGAAACAUCUUUUGGCAGACUUAAGUCCAUUCAUCCCGUCAGAAGAUUACAGUUAUUUCCUCGACUUCCUCUGUAAGAAUGACAUCGCCCUCCCCAAAACUGGGACUGUUUCAAGCUCCAGGAGCAACACAAGAAAGUACAUCAGACGGUCACUGAGUGAGUUGUCAACAACAAGCACCAUCACCAAUAGCAACGCCGACGAUGUGGAACAGAUUCUCAACAUGGUCACUGAUCAAAUUGCUCAACUUGAUACCAGUGAUACAAACUCGGAAUACUUUGACUAUUGACGCCUCCGUCACAGAAGGAACUCAUUGACUCUGGCGCAAGAUUUCCAGAGUGUGCCUGUGUGUUCUUGGAGUGUGGGACUCCCGUGGCCAAGGGGAUUGUUUCCUUGGAGAGCUCAAGAUUGGAGGUUUGAACCCUGGCUGCAUCAAACCAAAUGACGCUAAAAGAUGGUUCUUGUUCCUACCCUGCCUGCUAGGCGAUAUGGGAUAUGACAAGGACUGAUUGUCUCAGUUGGUGAAAUGUGUCUGAGGAGAGUAUCCAUAUUAACCUUUAGCGUGGUGUCUGUUUGCUUGGCACUAUAAACUAGGGGUGUCACGAUACACCAAUCUCACGAUACGAUACAUAUCCGAUUUUAAGGUCACGAUACGAUACGUAUUGCGAUACA